UGGCCGUCCCCUACCAGAGUUGACCUCUCGAAAGUGGUGUGAUUCUUUUCGUAUUUGGAUCUGUAUUUGGUAAUGAUUUCUUGCGUCCCCCGCGUCUUGAACUGCACGAUACAAUAUUUCCUGCUAGGCCUACGGAUACCCAUUGAUCGCUUUAUUCCUGGACCCUUGAGUCGAGGCCGUACUUCGAAGCCUACUGUGAAUUACUUAUUGAGCGACAUUAAUAAAGAAGUUAUGAAAUGGAUGAAUUUUAUAAACCCCAGAACGGUCCAAUAUAUCACAGAUAUCCGUAUCCUCCGGAAUGGAGAAACGCGAUCCCGAAUGAUCUCAGUGAUGCUAACGAGACAGGUCAUUCCAGUGUACUUGCAAGUACUUAUCAGCUGCCUACGACGAGCUCUGUGAGGUCGCCGCGAUUUCAUGAGGUCCAUGAACCACAGGCUCAAAGUCAAAGCCACUUGCAGCCUCGUUCAAGCCCGACGAUCUCGGAUGUCCCACCCUGCUCUCCAAAGCGGCAGAGGACGUCUGAUUCAAUGGCAAUCACGGGCUCCUUUCCGUUGCCAUAUAAACCUCCAUCGGACACUUACUCCUAUCAGCGGACCCCUUUGCAGCAUAAUACGGGAGGGGUCUAUGGGUAUGAACCAGACAGAUUGUACCUUACUCUGCAAAGGAUUCAUCUGUAUCUCCUGGAAGUUCGAGCAGAACAUCUCCUGAUAUCCACACCAGCAGGUUAUAUGGGCUUUCUCACAUAGAUCAAGGACAACACGGGGCUAAUAAAACUGGGACAACCCUCUACCUUGCCAGCUGCCCUCUUCCUUCAAAGUUUCUGGAUGACAACGAUAAUCAUGAUCAAUUUUU